AUGAGUAAAGAAGCCCGCGAUGGAAUUAGACCUCAUAUCCUCAGAUUGCUAGGUCUGGGGAUACUUGGAAGGUGUCAGUCAGCAUGGAACACACCCCUGCUCCCAGUAGAGAAGCCAGGUACCAACAACUACCGACAGGGGCAAGACCUACGUGAGGUAAACAAGCAGGGGUUCAAGAACUCCCUUACCAUUUCUGAUGAAGCCUUACACCAGGAUCUUGCCCUGUUCAGAGCAGAAAACCCCCUAGGUAACCCUUCUUCAAUUCAUAGCCUGGUUGCCCCUAACAUGUGCCUCGAUGGAACCAGCUGGUUACUAGCUGAACUAGAAAAACUAGGUUACAAGGCCUCUGCUAAAAAGGCCCAGAUCUGCAGAAAACAGCACAGCCUGGCUCGUGGUCCCAAGAAACAUCUGAAGUGCAUAGCCACUCCAAAACAUUGGAUGCUGGAUAAAUUGACUGGCGUGUUUGCUCCUCGUCCAUCCACUGGUCCUCACAAGUCGAGGGAAUGCCUGCCUCUGAUCAUUUUCCUAAGGAACAGACUUAAGUAUGCCCUGACUGGAGAUGAAAUAAAAAAGAUUUGCAUGCAAUGAUUCAUUAAGAUUGAUGGGAAAGUCAGGACUGAUAUAACCUACCCUGCUGGGUUUAUGAAUGUCAUCAGCAUUGACAAGACUGGAGAGAACUUCCGUCUGAUCUAUGACACCAAGGGUCGAUUUGCUGUUCAUCGUAUUACACCUGAGGAGGCCAAGUACAAGCUGUGCAAAGUGAGAAAGAUCUUUGUGGGCACAAAAGGAAUCCCACAUCUGGUGACCCAUGAUGCUCGUACUAUUCGAUACCCUGAUCCCCUCAUCAAAGUGAAUGACACCACUCAGAUUGAUUUGGAGACAGGCAAAAUAACUGACUUCAUCAAGUUUGAUACUGGGAACCUGUGUAUGGUGACUGGAGGUGCUAAUUUGGGAAGAAUUGGUGUAAUCACCAGCAGAGAGAGACAUCCUGGCUCUUUUGAUGUGGUUCAUAUGAAAGAUGCCAAUGGCAACAGAUUUGCCACUCGGCUUCCCAACAUUUUUGUUAUUGGCAAGGGCAACAAACCAUGGAUCUCUCUUCCCCGAGGAAAAGGAAUCCGCCUCACCAUUGCUGAAGAGAGAGACAAGAGGCUAGUGGCCAAACAGAGCAGUGGGAGAAAUGGUCUCUAGGAGACAUGCUGGAAGAAGGA